UGUAAGCAGUGAUUGUAAUAUAUAGUAAUGUAAUAUAAUAGUAAUUUAUUUUCAACGAUUAUAGUACAGCACAUAAAUGGCGCAAAAUGGAGUGAUCCCGACAAUUUGGAUAUCACUUAUAACAUUUUGGAAACCUAGUAUUAUCAACUCUUAUAUAUUGGACGAUUACAACUUUUUACACGCCGCUGCUGAUGAGGGAAAUGAAGAACGCGUACGCAGAUUAAUCGCUCUUGGAGCUAAUAUUAAUAUUUGGGAUAAAUCAGGAUAUACACCCCUUGCGUACGGUUGUACACAUGGACAUGUUAAUGUUGUUUGCGCUUUACUACAAUUAAAUGCAGAUAUUGAAUAUGUAACCAAGACGGGUUAUACACCUUUAAUGAUAGCAGUUUAUCAUGGACAUAUUACAAUUGUCAAGAUUUUACUUGAACAU